ACCCAUGUAGCACAAAUCUCUACCAAACAAAUAGUACUAGAUAGAUUAAAUUGAUGGAAAGUCAAAUUAGGCACCGUUUGGUUCUAAUACCACCUCCUUUUCAAGGCCACAUAACUCCUAUGCUUCAACUUGCCACUAUCCUUCAUUCAAAAGGCUUCUCCAUCACCAUAGCACAUACCCAUUUCAAUUCCCCCGACCCUUCUAAUUACCCUAACUUUAAUUUUAUACCCUUCUUUGAUGCUUUAUCUAAUACCCAAAUAUCUUCCAAAAAUUUUAUAGAUAUUACUUCAACUCUAAAUACAAAGUGUGUGUCAUCACUUAAGGAGUUAUUAAUUCAUGAGAUUACAAAACUAACCCAUGAAAAGAUUGUUUGCAUUAUCUAUGAUGGAUUGUUGUACUUUAUUGAUUCUUUGGCAAAGGAAUUAAAGCUACCUAGCAUAGUCUUCCGAACCACUAGUGCUACAAAUUUACUCACUUAUCAUGCGUGUGCUGAGCUACAAAGUAAAGGUUACCUUCCCUUGCAAGAUUCAAAGUCGUGUGACUUGGUGCCAGAACUGAAUUUACUGCGAUUCAAAGAUCUACCUAUUUUCAAUUCAACAAAUCCAGAUGAUUUUCUACAGAACAUAACUAAAACACUUUCAAUAACACCUUUAGGUGUUAGCUUAGAAGAUUCAUCAUUAAAUCAGCUCCAACACCUGUACAAAAUUAGCCUCUUCCCUAUAGGCCCUCUACACAUGAUUGCCAAUGAUCCCAACAAUAAUAGUAACAAAACUCUGCAAGAAAGUCAUAACUGCAUCUCAUGGCUUAACAACCAAGCAAGAAAUUCUGUGUUGUAUGUAAGUUUAGGAAGCAUAGCUAGUUGGGAAGAGAAAGAGCUAACAGAAGUUGCUGGUGGUUUAUCAAACAGCAGACAAAAAUUUCUUUGGGUUAUUCGACCCGAGACAGUCAACGACGUUUCGGCAUGGUCGGAAUCACUGUCGGAAGAUGUUAAAGAAGGUAUGGCAGCGAGGGGUUGUGUUGUGAAAUGGGCACCUCAAAAUGAGGUUUUGGCACAUGAAGCUGUUGGAGGGUUUUGGAGUCAUUGUGGGUGGAAUUCAACAUUGGAGAGUUUGUGUGAAGGAGUGCCAAUUAUUUGUCAACCUUAUUUUGGUGAUCAGAGAGUAAAUGCAAGAUUGUUGAGCCAUGUUUGGAAGGUGGGUUUGGAGUGGUGUAAUGUGAUAGAAAAGGAUGAGAUUGAAAGGGUGGUAAGAAGACUUAUGGUGGAUCAAGAAGGGGAGGAAAUGAGACAAAGAGCAAUGAAAUUGAAGCAUGUGAUUGGGCAGGCUGUGACUGGUUCUUCAUCUGAUUCAUUAAAUGGAUUGGUUAAGUGCAUCUUAUCAGUAAAUAUCUGAUUUCACAACUAAAAGGACAAAAUAAGUUAUACUUGUAGAGUUAAUUGACAAUGUUUUUAUAGAGAAAAAUAACUUUGGAUUGUUUUGUGGUUAUGGAGGUCACUAAUGUUUAUUACUUUAAUUUCUUUUAUGAAAAAAUAUAGAUUAACAUAUGCUUUCAUUGCAUAACUGCCAUAACAUAGAUCAUGAUAGCACAUUACAAAUACAAUAACACACUUACAUGCCACAUAGUAGAUACAUACAUAUACAUAUUAUGAUAUGAUUAGGAAAUAAAGAGACACAUUUUCAGUUUACUGUAAAUUUCAAUUAAA